AUGCAUCGGUCCUACCAGCCGAUGAAACCUGUGACCAACCGCUACCUGCAGCGGCGAUGGGACCAGAGCAGCUACGAAGACCACAGGAGGAAGGUGAACUUUGCCCAGCCCAUAGUGGACACCAGGGGCAUGAAGACACCAGCUCACGUCCAGCUCAAACUCAAGAAGCUGCAGCUGCAGGAUGAGCGUCUGUCCAUCAUCGACAGAGACAACCGCUUCCUCGCCUCCAAACUGGCUGAGAUCGCUCGCUCUCCAGGCCUGGUGGACCACAGGAACCCGUACCAGCAGAGGAGCCUGAAUUCUGACAAGAGGAGGGAGGAGUUUCUACUGGUCAGCCGUCAGAAUCAGGCCAUUUUCCAGCGAAUCACAGCCCGCCAGUCAGACUACCGCCACCAGCUCUGGUUGGACGACUGGGAGAGGACGGAGCGGCGGCGGAACGACAUCGCCCGAUUCCCCCGAGGCCUCCCCAGGAAGCAGAAGUCGGAGAGGAAGGUGAAGUUUGCAUCUGCAGAGAGCAACGAGCAGCCGGAGACCAGCAGCAGCACUGACAGCACCGACAGAGAGACAUGAAACACACACACACACACACACACACACAAAGAUACA